AUGGCGGGGAGCACGCCUAAUCUGGAGUGCCGGAUGUACGAGGCCAAGUACCCGGAGGUGGACAUGGCGGUGAUGGUGCAGGUGAAGAACAUAGCCGACAUGGGAGCCUACGUCUCCCUGCUCGAGUACAACAACAUCGAGGGGAUGAUUCUAUUCUCUGAACUCUCCCGCCGCCGGAUCCGGAGCGUCGGCAGUCUCAUUAAGGUGGGCCGGCAGGAGCCGGUGAUGGUCCUCCGGGUGGACCGCGAGAAGGGUUAUAUCGACCUCAGCAAGCGCAGGGUCUCCGAGGAAGACAUCAAGACCUGCGAGGAGCGCUACAACAAGAGCAAGCUCGUCCAUUCGAUCAUGCGCCAUGUCGCUGAGACAAUGCUGCUCGAUCUCGAGGUCGGUGAGGGCUUUUUUCCACAUAUUUCGUGAAGCUUUCUUUCCUGGAAGCCUCCCCCCUCCCCUUGCUAUGUUUAUUGAAAAUCUCCGCUUCCCGAGGUCUGAGAUGUUACUGCGGCGGCCAGUCUUAUUUCUUUUUAUUUCCUCUUUUUCUUAGUGGGCAUGUAUGUUGUGGUAUGUAUUACCAUUUAAAAUGGAAUAAUUUUUUCAUGCCAAUUAUCCUUGAUUCACAGGAUCUGUAUGUUCAUGUUGGUUGGCCUCUGUAUCGGAAUUAUGGCCAUGCGUUUGAGGUAUCAUCAUAAACUUGUUACUUAGAAUAAUUCACCUGUUCCUUUCAUUUCUUCUUGUUAGAUGGUUUGCCCUUUUUUCACUAAUUCUUCUUCUUCUUUAUUGGGUUGAAAAAACUCGAGGCAGGCAUUUAAGGUAAUCGUGACCGACCCUGAUUCGGUCCUGGAUUCCCUAACAAGGGAAGUUAAGGAAAUUGGUCCUGAUGGACAGGAGGUAUGCGGGAUUCCAUAAAUAUUUUAUAUUUUUAAAUAUUUAUUAUUUUGAUGCCUAGGGUCCAGACAUGUGCCCAAUUCUCAGGUGUCCAAGGUCGUCCCUGCGUUGACCGACGAAGUCAAGGAUGCUUUGAUCAAGAAUAUUAGGAGGAGGAUGACCCCUCAGCCGCUGAAGAUACGUGCCGACAUUGAGAUGAAAUGCUUUCAAUUUGACGGCGUUCUUCAUAUUAAGGUUCAUUUCUUGGGCUUUUUCUCUGGCAUCUUCUCAGGUGAGCUCUGCUCUUAUGUUUCAUGAGUGUUGUGCAGGAAGCUAUGAGGAAAGCUGAAGCCGCUGGCAAUGAUGAUUGCCCUGUGAAAAUUAAGCUUGUGGCGCCUCCGUUAUAUGUUCUUACCACUCAAACUCUAGACAAGGUUCGUCGUUUGUUCUAUGCUCUAUCUUCAGUUUUAGUGAAGAUUGCUGAACAGUAUACGUUUACUGUUUCCUAGUUGAUACACAUUCAUAUGAAAAUUCAUUGAUGUCCGCCGUGGGCUUCAGCAAGAAGGCUGCCGUUAUCAGAUUUUUAUUUUUAUUUUUUUUCAUGGAGUUUCGAUUUUUUUUAUUUUUAUUUUUUAAAGGGAGAUGAAAUCCGAUCAUCAAUGUGGGAAAAUCUCACUAUAUUCUUUACCUGCGGAAUUCUUUUUGGCAUGAUAAUUGAUUGCCAUGGGAUAAUCCCCAAUGUUUAAAUCUUAGGCAUUUAACUCUUUUGGUUGAUAGCAAAGUACUCAGCUUGGGGUAGUCAGGGGCCAAGGAUCUAGUCUUCACCUUGGUACAACUCAAUCUGACCCCUAGUUCUUGGGGGUGGGGUUGCCUUGAUGUGGAUUAAUGUAGAAAGAUGCCAUUUUCUCUUAUCUGCAGGUUAUUGUGUCAUUUUCUUGAAAAGAUCCUCCUUUUUUCGAUGAAUUGUUCUUCAAAGAAAUGGAGACGAACUGGGAUAGUGUCUGAUCUUUGAUUUCGGAUGGAGUGGUUUAGGCACAUGAAAAGUUUUCUGUGUUCCUCUGUGCAGCCAUGUGAUGGGUCCAUCCCGAUUGAAAUGGGCCAACUUUCUCUCUCUAGAAGAUUUAUUUUGAUGGGUCUCUUACUGUUCCUCAAUCUUUCUCUCUCUGAAAGAUUUAUCUUGAUGCAGUCACAGCCAUGGCAUAUCUCCUUGAAUCUGUGGGCUUCUUAUGCUCUAAGAAAAGAUUAAUUAGCCCUUCCACUUUGGGAAUGAUGUUCCUUUUUUUUUGGCAGCUAAACUCAUUCUUCGGGGUGGUUUUUAUGGAAUAAUCUCCUCCAUGUGGUUUGGACGGCUCCAGGAAUAAUAACUUCUCAUAUAUUUUCCAGUUAUGAAGGAACUAUACCCCUCGAGAUAUAUAUUUCCAUAUAGUUUCCUAGAAUAUAAAUCGCCCAGCCGCCAAAUGUCUGGUUCCUGUGGGAAAUCAUCCCCAGGGAAGAGGAUUUGCCAGAUGAACAGCUCCUCCUGCGUCGGAUCAUUCUUCCUCUGCCAACAGAACCACAUUCAUCAUCAUCAUCAUCACAUCUUUAGUUGCGGAUCUAGCACAGUGAUGUGAUGAACAAAAUUUCUGGUCAUAUCUGAUCAUAGUUGACCAUGGUUUUGCGAUUAAUUAUGCAUAAUAACUCAUCAUUUAUUUUAUUUAUUUAUUUCGGGGAUCUUAGCCAUGACUUACCAAAAUUGGGGCCCUGGUCAGGAGCAAGGGAUAUCCAUCCUGACUGAGGCGAUUCAAGCUUGCACUAAGGAAAUCGACAAGCACAAAGGGAAGCUUUCUGUGAAGGAGGCGCCCAGAGCUGUAAGCCUAACUCCUCUUUUAAUCUAUUUGAUGUAUAUAAUCUCAUAUUUCUGCUGAAGAACAAGAAAAAAAAACUCUAUUUCCCCAAGUUUCUUCUUUUGGUUUCCCCUUUUGGAAAAUAGUUAGAGCAAUCAAGCAUGAAACUGAAUCCUAACCCAUUGAAAAAGAAGAAGUCAACGUUAAUAUUUUGAUCCUAACCCAUGUCCCAGAAGUCAACUUUCCUCGAGUCUUUCCCUUUUUGGGGAGGGUGUGUUGACAAUCUGGCUGUCUGGUCAUAGGUGAGUGAGAGGGACGACAAGCUUCUUGCAGAGCACAUGGCGAAGCUACGGGCCGCCAAUGAGGAAGUCAGCGGCGAUGAGGGCAGCGAGGAGGAGGAGGACACCGGGAUGGGGGAGAUUGACUUGGACAAGGCGACUGUCGGAAUAACAGAGUGA